GAACUUAUCCGCACCAGGAACUGCACAUGGGAGAGAUAUUGAUUGUGUUGCUAUGACGUUUCGAACUUCUUGGAUUUGUUGUUGCCGACCACAUAAACCUAAGGUCACAACGCAAACCCAUCCAGUACCAUCGUGAUUGUGACGUAUUAAAUGGCGUCGGGCGUCGACGUAUUUCUCAAAAGAUAACAAAAUCGCCUUUUUCCUUUACGUACCUCGCACGCGGGAAACGCUUGAGCAAUCAAAUGAUAUUGCGAUUCGUCAAGAUUUAGAACGUGCGAGGAUACAGAUAACCAUUACUAGUUUGAAGUUCAACCUUGAUAGUGGCGCUGAUAUUUACAAAUGAAACGUGCUGGGUGUUUAAUUGAACUCGGUGUAUCUUAUGGGUCCCAUUUUGUUUUGUUGUGUAAAACUGGUAGUUCUGUGAACAGAAUCAAACAUUUCUUUGAUGAAGAAGGAUUGUAACGAAUCUCUAAGCGAAUUUUAGCCAAUUUAGUUUCUUAAUCACUGAUAAUAUAGGCGAUAUGCUAACUUUGCUAUUGUCGUGCAAGUUUAUAAUUGCGGAUCACGAAGUAGUUUAAGAUCCUGUAGCUGUGUGUUACAUGGUUGUCAAAUAUUCUGUAAAACUAUUGUCAAAUAUUGUGUAAGGUCGUCAAUCCUCUCAUUAUAAUAUUUAAUCCAGAGACCGAAUACGGUUUCACGCGUAGUUGUAGUAGGUAAACCUAAUGUUCAGUUUAAUCUCAUAUUUGCUCUAACUUAUAGUGUGUUGGUUUGUAUAGAUAUAUGAUCGAACUUCGUUCGGUAGAUAAAUCAAUGUAACUUAUAAAUCAAACAGCGUCAGUCGUAGUUAUACUGGUGUUCUUUUUUAUUAUACAUCUCGUGCCCGCUUUUAUGAGUUACAAUAUUUGUUUUUAAACUUAAGACAGCGCAUGUACGUUUUACCGAUAAUUUUUCCUAGUCCAAUAUAAUGACAAUACGGUAAGUUGAUUACUUUUUCGUCUUGUUAGUCAUUAUAGAGUGCUAGUUUGGUUUAGGCAUUUAAAUCCUAUUUAGUUAUAGGCUUUUAAAACUUAUCAAAUAUAAUUAAUUUUGGGAGAUUUAAUGACGACGGGGCAAGUUGGGAUAUGUCUGUUUAACUUCGCAUGCAAAAUUGUCAACCGUUCAAGAAAUAUAUAAUAAAUUCCACGUUGUCUAUUUCUCCAAUAGGUGAAAAUCGUCCCAUUGAUUGCUCUCUUUUAAAUUUAGAAAUUAUUUAAUUUCUAUACUUUAACACAUCGGUUAAGCGACAUGGUAAGUUGUCAAAAUACAUUUUUUUAAUUAAUAUCAAAAACCAUUGGUAAUUUGUAGUUAAAAUUUGCGUUUUGUGUAUAAAAAUAGUCGUUUAAAAAUUUGUUUUUAUAUUUUAUUAAACAGCGACUAACUUGCCACGACCAAUUAACUGCAGCGUUAAAGUGUAAAUACUAACAAGCCGCAAGCCCGCAUAUUCGCUAAUUGCUAAUGAUAGUAUUAAUGAUUAAAUGUCGUUCUGCCAUAUUUAUAUGUUGUUAGUAAGGUAAAAUCAAAUUGUAUUAUUUGUGUGUAAUAUCAAAUAAAACAAUAAACACACUUUUCGUUUUAUCUGCUGUGUUUUUUUAAUAAACUCAUUCUAUUUUCCAUAUCGUUUAUAGCCAUAUUCGCAUUCAUGUUGUAUAAAAACAUUGUGGCUGAUUAGUCUGAUGUCCAGAUACGUAUGCAUAACAUAUCUUAAAGUUAUUUAUUAAAAUUGCAAACGUUAAGGUGUUGUAAAGGUCCUUGUAGUUCAAUGUAUCAUAAAUACUUAACUUAUCACUAAAUACAUUAUUAUGCAGACGUGGGACUUACAAUAGUUUUUUUUGUAAACUUAAUGUAGUUCAUUAUGUCAAAUAGUGGAAAUCCGGUUGAAGCAGUCCCCACAAAUGACUGCUUGCGACUCCAACUUCAAUCUGUUGACUCUGGUGAGGGAGAGACAGGCAAGAAGCAUUACCAGUGUUUGAAAUGUUCAUUUUCAUCAAACUAUCUCGGCAACCUCCGUGUGCAUAUGAGGAGACACACCGGAGAGAAACCGUUUCGUUGCGAGUUUUGCUCAAGGCCGUUCAGUGAUAAAAGCAACCUGAACAGCCACAAACGUCGAAAACAUCUUGGUCAAAGCAGAAAUAAUCUCCCAAUACCAAGGGUUCCAUUACGAAGAAUGUAUACCGGUCGCAUAAAUUACGCCAAGUCGGUAAAACGUGUGCCUCGUACUUCCAGUUCUUCACUAGGUGCAAGUGAAGAGUGGAGCGUCGUUCAAGCUCCCAAUCGACAGGAAGUGACAUCACAGUGGUCGGAUGCACAGGAAGUAACAUCACAGUUUCAAACAGAUAAACCGACAAUGUCAAGUUGUUUUAAUUUAAUUCCUACAGAGACUUCAGCAUACAUGGAAAAUGCAUUGAACGAAUACAACUCAUCAAGACUACCAACAAUGGUUCCUUCCUCCUCUUUACAAAGAUCAAACAUCUUCUCAGACUUCCAACUUGUUGAUGAUGGUGAAAGAGAAGAAAGCGACAACCAGAACCAGCGCCUUAUAUCGGAACAAUCAGAUAAAAAUGAAAUAUCGAAUGACAAUGACACAGAAACAGAGACUUAUUAUGUGAAGUACCAAACAGCUCUUGCAAAGACAAAUAGAAAUCCUUCCUAUGAACAUAAUAAGGUUCCAGAAUUUGCCCCAAAGAUGUCGCCUCAAUCGUUAGCUUCCACGUCUCCCAAGCAUAGCUCCGGUGACACAAGUAUUGCAACUGGGACUUCCCCUUCACAAAUUCAAGUUUGUUCGGUUACCAGUGAAAAGAACACUGUUGCUAUACCAACGAGAGAAAAGAAACCUUCAUUUCAUUGCCAGCAUUGUGAAAUUACCUUCCAAGAUUAUGUGAUGUACACCGUACAUAUGGGUUGUCAUGGAUACGACGACCCCUUUCGGUGUAACGUGUGUGGGGAGAAAUGUGGGGACCGGUUAAAGUUUGCUUGCCAUUUUGCUCGAGGGGAACAUAAGUCAAGUUGAAGUAUAAUCAACUGUCUUACUGUUAUCAUUGAUCUAUCUUUAUCUCAGCUAUAUAUCACGGGAACUUGGAGAAAUUACACCAUUAGAGACAUUGUUUAUUUUCGAAACAAUUGCAUAAAAGUGUAACUCAGGAUAAGAAUUUUUAAACUUAAAACUGAUGUUGUUUUUGUAUACACAUGUUACAUAAGAAUAUUCUGACACAUUGGGGCAGUUUUAGGAUUUGUGAAUGUUUAAGAUUUUGACCAAUUUUAAUCAAAUUUAGUUACAAAGUCUAUCUUAACAUCUAAUAAUUAAUAUGAACAAGUUGGAAUUAAACAGUGUUAAGUAUAUAAGUACAUACAUAUUUAUCGUAACAUUCAUUGUUAAAGUUUCUUUUUUUUAGUAAGGUAUAUAUAUAUAGUCAUCACUUAAACUUUCAGUAAUUAGGUGACUUUAAAAAUAAUGUCAGGUCCUAUCUGUUAAAAUUUAUCAGUCUCCUAUAUUAUCAAUGCAUGUUCUAUCUGCAGUGUAUUUUCAAGGCUGACUUUACCACUUCCUAUCACAAUGGAACUUUUUAUUAGUGUGAUUUAAUAUUUUGUUUACCUUUAUUGUGUAAGACAAAUAACUUAUUUUUGCAGUAAACAACACUUUGAAAGAGUUUUGUAUAAACUUUAGGUAAGAUGCUUUUAUCGCAAGAUGUUUUCAUGAUCAAAUAUUCUUUUAUUGUUUUUUUUAACACAUUACUUUUAUCAUUACUUGAAAUGCAUUGACGGCUUCAAGUUACUGGCGUCAAUCACAACUUAACAGUGCGCAUAAAGUAAGCUGAAAAUGUUUGCUACUGCUUCACUGUCAAGUGCUAAUCACUAUAAACUUGCAUUUUUGCUUCAUGCGUAUCAUUCGUAUUAUUUUCUAAAUAAAAAACCCUGCUAUCAUCCUACAUUAGGGAUGAACAUGACGGCAAAA